AUGUCCUCAGCUAGAGUUUGGCUUGUUACCGGAUCCGCCUCGGGGUUCGGUCGAGAAAUGGUCGAGCUGGCCCUCAAGAACGGCGAGAAGGUCGUCGCGACUCUGCGCAGACCUUCAGAGCUGGAUGACCUGAGAGACAAAUAUUCUCCAAGCCAGCUUUUGAUAGCCCAGCUCGACGUCACCAAGGCGGAACGGGUUGCGGAGGUCUUCCGCGCUGCCAAGCAAGCCUUCGGCAAGGUUGACGUCGUGCUCAACAACGCCGGCCUGUCAAUCGUGAGCGAGGUCGAAGGCACGCCAGAAGACGUCGCGCGAGCGAUGUUCGAAGUCAACUUCUGGGCCGCGGCCAACGUGAGCAGGGAGGCGGUCCGAUUUUUCCGCGAAGAGAACGCGCCUGGCGUCGGCGGCCGGCUGCUGAACCUUGGCUCCAUCCUCGGUGUCCAGCCCUCCCCUAUCAUGUCCUACUACAGCGCCUCUAAGCACGCACUCGACGGUCUGACUACCGCGCUCGCCGCUGAGAUCAACCCGAAGUGGAACAUCAAGGUUACCUUAGUCUGCCCCGUGUUCUUCCGCACGUCUAUCAGAGACAAGGGCACCCGGAUUCCGGUGCACCCUGCCUACAUCGAGGCCACGAGCGGAUAUCGCAAGUCUGUGGACGCGGCCUUCCAUCCGAGCCGUUCCACGAAGAUCGGUGACCCCAAGAAGGGCGCGCAGAAGAUUUUCGAGCUUUCCAAGCUCACGGACGAGGUUCCCUUGCGGCUGUUCCUGGGAAAGAGUGCGCGCGGCCGAGUGGACGCGAAGAUCGCGGCGUUGACCGAGGAUGCAGAUGCUUAUGCUUCCUGGUCAGAUGAUUUGCUGGAGGCCUAG